ACUGGGCUGACUGGGCUUUUUACCAGAGCCGAUCUAGCGCAGGAGAGAACGCUGCCUGGCGGACCCCGAAGCUUUACCUUGAUGCCACUGACCCAGAUGAGUCUGCUGCUGGCUGGCCAGGCCCCCUCGGAGGCUCAGUAUGCAGAGAAGGGCCCAGGACUCACCAUCUUCCGAGCGGAAACAGGCCACGCACUCCAGCAGCAAGUCAGCAGGCCAGACUGGGCCUCUCAGGCCGGGCGCUGGUGUUCCGGGCGGCGUGGCUGUGUGCUGCUGGCAGUGCUGGGACUGUUGGCUGGGGCGAGUGUUGGCUCUUGGCUCCUAGUGACAUAUCUGUGGCCUACUGCCUCUCAGCCUGCCCCAGGGAACUUGCAGGAUGAGGAGGGGACCCUGAGUUGCUCAGAGGCCAGCGGUGACAACACCCUGCUCCCUGGGAUUCCCAGAAGAGGUUCAGUGUCUUUCAGAAUAAACCCGGAGGAUUUCUUGCUAGAAGUGCAGGUGCCACCCCAGCAAGACUGGCUCCGGGUCUGUCAUGAGGGCUGGAGUUCCGGCCUGGGUUUACGGAUCUGCAGGCUCCUCGGGCAUCUCAGACUCACCCACCAUGAGGGAGUGAACCUGUCUGACGUCAAGCUCGGCAGCUCCCAGGUGUUUGCUAGGUUCUCUCCUGGAGUGGGGCCCCCGGAGGAGUUGUGGCAGCCCAGCGACAAUUGCACUUCUGGCAGAAUUGUCUCCGUCCAGUGCUCUGCGUGUGGGGCAAGGUCCCUGGCUUCUCGGAUAGUCGGCGGGCAGGCCGUGGCUCCAGGGCGCUGGCCGUGGCAGGCCAGUGUGGCCCUGGGCUCCCGCCACACAUGUGGGGGCUCGGUGCUGGGCCCCCGCUGGGUGGUGACCGCUGCACACUGCAUCCACAGUUUCAGAUUUUCCCGCCUGUCCAGCUGGCGGGUGUACGUGGGGCUGGUCAGCCUCAGCGCCAUCCAGCCACACCAGGGGGCUGUGGUGGAGAAGAUCAUGCCCCACCCGCUCUACAGUGCUCGGAACCACGACUAUGACAUUGCCCUCCUGCGUCUCCAGACACCACUCAACUUUUCAGGCUUGCGGGGAGGGACGUCAAUGCCGAGUCGGCGCCAAGGACCCCCGUGCCUCUCCGCAGACAGCGUGGGGGCCGUGUGCCUGCCGGCCGAAGAUCAACACUUUCCCGCGGGCUCCCAGUGCUGGGUUUCUGGCUGGGGCCACACCGACCCCACCCACACUCACAGCUCGGACACGCUGCAGGACGCGCCGGUUCCCCUGCUCAGCACGCGGCUCUGCAACAGCUCCUGCGUGUACGGCGGCGCCCUCACGGCGCGCAUGCUCUGCGCCGGGUACCUGGAUGGCAGGGCCGACGCGUGCCAGGGGGACAGCGGGGGCCCUCUGGUGUGCCCGGAUGGGGGCACGUGGCGCCUGGUAGGGGUGGUCAGCUGGGGGCGUGGCUGCGCAGAACCCAAUCGCCCAGGCAUCUACGCCAAGGUGGCUGAGUUCCUGGACUGGAUCCACCACACGGCCCGCGUCCCCUAGAUGGAGGAGCAGCAGCAGCCCCCAACACAGAGGACACAGACCCCCCCAGCGCUGCCCGGGAGACAAGUCAUCCCUCCAGCCCCCCUCCAGGGUCCCAAUUGUCACCAGAGAGGAAAGAGCCGGCAGCGGGCGGGAAGCUCCAGUUCAAGGCCCCUCUGCACCUGCACCCAUGGCCUCAAACUAUUUUAUUUUAUUUUAUUUUAUUUUGUUUUAUUUUAUUUUAUUUUUGCUUUUUGGGUCAGCGUUGCACAGGGGUUACUCCUGGCUCAUGCACUCAGGAAUUACUCCUGGCAGUGCUCCGGGGGACCCUAUGGGAUGCUGGGAAUUGAACCUGGGUCAGCCACGUGCAAGGCAAACACCCUACCUGCUGUGCUAUCUAUCGCUCCAGCCCCGGCCUCGAACAUCCUGGGGAGAUGCUCAGGGUGGGUCCCCCUGGCCAGGCCUCUUCUGAAGCUGCCCUCACAGAGACCCCUGGGCCAAUGGGGUCAAGGACGGGGCAGCUCAGGUCAAGCUGGAGAUGGAAUCAGGGCCCGCCCGCCUCGCUGUUUGGUGUCUUCUGAGUCUGGCUGGCCCCACAGGCAGGCCACACCGAAGCCAAUCAGAUGCACUGUUGGUUUGAGAAGCACAGCUCUGCGCACUGAACCACGGCGGUCUGUUAUUAAAGUAAAGGCAUGUAUGGUCUUGUC